CUUUUUCUUUGUUUCAGAAUAUUAUUUGAGAUUUUGAGUGAAAGCAUUGCAUGCUUGAAUCUAUCUGGAUUGACUUUCGAUUUAUAACCGCCCCGCCCCGAUUUGAAGCCUAUUUAGAGGACAAAGCUAUUAAGCCAUGGUUGCUUUUGUGUGUUCGACUCCUCUCAGCAUUUGCGUCCGCGAUAAUGGGGCGUCUUCUUCGUCAUCCUGCUCUACUGCGUGGAAACCAUCCAAACUGUUUUGUUCCUUUAGUUUUAGUAGAAAUGAAUUUAAUAGAAGGGUAAUUUGUGCUUGUGUGGCUCCUCCUCAAGACGUGAAAUCUGCCGACUCAAAUGAAUAUUCUUCCCCGAAACUCAAUAGUUCAGCUGAUUCUAAAAAUCUGAGCUUCAUGGCGGAGUCUGGUGAUGGGUCUGAUGUGCUUAUUGAGUGCAGGAAUAUAUACAAGUCAUUUGGAGAAAAGCAUAUUUUAAGAGGUGUAAGCUUCAAGAUAAAGCAUGGAGAGGCGGUUGGAAUAAUUGGGCCUUCAGGGACUGGAAAAUCUACAAUAUUGAAGAUAAUGGCUGGGCUUCUUGCUCCAGAUAAGGGUGAGGUUUUAGUCCGAGGUAGAAGACGGCAUGGACUAAUCAGCGAUGAGGAAAUUUCUAGUCUUCGAAUUGGCUUAGUAUUUCAGAGUGCAGCACUUUUUGACUCCUUGACUGUUCAAGAAAAUGUUGGUUUCCUUUUAUAUGAGAACUCCACGAUGCCUGGAGAUCAAAUUUCUAAGCUAGUAGCAGAGACCUUAGCUGCUGUUGGGUUAAAGGGUGUAGAAAACAGGCUACCUUCUGAAUUGUCUGGUGGAAUGAAGAAAAGGGUUGCUCUAGCUCGGUCUAUAAUUUUUGAUACAACUAAAGAUAUAGCUGAGCCAGAGGUGCUGUUAUACGAUGAGCCGACAGCUGGACUGGAUCCGAUUGCAUCAACAGUUGUGGAAGAUCUGAUCCGGUCCGUUCAUAUGAAAGGGGAGGAUGCCCUUGGGAAGCCUGGGCAGAUUGCAUCCUAUGUUGUGGUCACCCAUCAACACAGUACCAUCACAAGAGCCGUUGACAGGCUAUUGUUUCUUCAUGAAGGAAGGGUUGUAUGGCAAGGAAUGACUCGUGAAUUCUCAUCAUCAACUAAUCCUAUUGUUCAGCAGUUUGCAUCAGGGAGCUUAGAUGGCCCAAUCAAAUACCAUUAGGGAUUCCUUGCUCGCUUUAUCUGUGUUGGAAGACUGUGCACGUCUCUGGAUUGAAGAAUGGAGGGAGGAAGGAGGUUAAAUGUCUGCCAAUGGUAAGAUUACACAUUUCGGGGAUACGAAUUGGCAAUUUCUAUCAAAGCUUGGACGCAAUCCAUUCGCAGAUAUAUUUUGUGGCGUUAUUUUAUCUAUCAGCUUAUGACAUGUGAAACAUACAUUUGGUGGCUUGUACUAUGGGCGUAAUGCAAGUCUAAUAAUGUAAUUGAAUCUUAGAAAAAAUGUGUUGUUAAAUUAUUUUUAUGCUCUUUUUAAUAGAGAUGAGAGAAUGAAUGUUUUGAAUAUAUUUUCGUAUAUCAAACUGGUUUACAAGCUAUUCGUACACAUCCUAACCAUGUACCCCAUAUUUGAGCAACGGUUUCAAGGUGUGCUUUAAAG